AUGGCUGAAGGUCGCAAUCUCGAGGUCGACAACACGCAGGACGACAGCUCGUCCGUGUUCAGCGAUGACUACCAGUCGGAGUUGACUUCGCUGCGCAGCAGCAUCAUGGACUAUCGCUAUGAGAAUGGCAGACGCUACCAUGCUUACCGGGCUGGGUCGUACUGGGGACCCAAUGACGAGAAAGCCCAGGAACAGCUAGACAUUGGACACCAUCUCUAUAACCUUAUGCUAUACGGGAAGCUGUACCUUGCGCCCAUCCCGGAUGAUGUCCAGAAAGUCCUCGAUGUCGGUACCGGAACGGGUAUCUGGGCGAUGGAAUUUGCUGACCUGUUCCCAUCCGCAACCGUCGUCGGCACCGAUCUCUCGCCCAUCCAACCCAGCUGGGUCCCGCCCAACGUGCAGUUCGAAGUCGACGACUGCUGCGACGAGUGGCUAUACGGCAAGGACGCCUUCGACUUCAUUCACAUCCGCGGUCUGUACGGCUGCGUGUCCGACUGGGACCGUUUCUACCAGCAGGCCUUGAACGCACUCAAGCCCGGCGCCUGGAUCGAACAGGCCGAACAAGGCGUCGUCCCGAAAUCCGAUGACGGCACCACCGACGGCACCGCGCUACAGGAAUGGGGCGACGUGUCCGUCAAAGCCGGCGAUGAAUUCGGCAAGACGCUUUGCGCCCUGGACACCUCUCGCGACGGCAUGAUCAAGGCCGGGUUCGUAGAUGUCGUUGAGCGCCGCUUCAAGGUCCCCAUUGGCGGAUGGGCGAGCGACAAGCGUCUGAAGCAGCUGGGUCUUUACAACCGGCUGCAGUGGGAAGAGGGUGUUGAGGGCUGGUGCAUGUUCUUGCUUACCGCUGUGCUUGGGUGGUCUCGCGAAGAGGUUGAGCUGUAUCUGUCGCGCACGCGCAAGGCCCUGCGCAACCCCAAAAUCCACGGAUAUCAGGAAUUCACUGUCGUCUACGGAAGGAAGCCUGAGAAGGCGGCUGGAGCUGAAUGA